UAAAUGCGUUUCUUGGCUUGAAAGAAACUCUUUCGGCCUUGAGUUCCAAUUUUGUAGGUUGUACGAUCGAUUAGGGUUCAACCUCUUACGAUUCUUUGAUCCGAUUUCAGCAUUGAAUAUGGCCAUCUCGGAACCCACCGCCGGAGAAUUCUUCCCAGAGAAGAAGAACGUCAGAAACCCUUUAGUCCCUGUUGGUGCCUUUAUUACUGCUGGUGUGUUAACGGCUGGCUUGAUCAGUUUUAGACGAGGUAACUCUCAUUUAGGGCAGAAGCUAAUGAGGGCUCGUGUGGUGGUCCAAGGCGCGACGGUGGCUCUUAUGGUUGGGACUGCCUAUUAUUAUGGAGAUAAUCCUUGGCAGAGUGACCACAAAAAGGAAAAAAUUUAAACAUUGGAAUUGCUUGGUUUCUUGUUGGCUUGGUUUUUGUUUUGUGAGAUGUGGAGUUUGGUCAUUUGGGGACCAAAAUCCUUCCCAAUUUCAUCUUACUCAAACUUCUUGCAACCCAUUACAGUUGAAUUAUCAUGAAUGUUCUUUGGUAUAUUAUAUUUCUUAACUAAUAAGACGGGCGAUUCUCAAUUGACUUG